AUGAAUAAUACAAAAACUUUAUUACAAGACUUGCUACAGGACUACAACAUAAACGUUCGACCAGUGUUGAAUCAGAGUGAAGCGGUUAAAGUAAAUGUGCAAAUGUUCGCGCGAGCUAUUAAAGAGUUUGACGAAGUUAAGGAGACGUUCUCUUUUGUAGCUGCGAUAGGAGUUAGCUGGAUCGAUGAAGGAAUGGUAUGGAACCCGCUUUCAUAUGGGGGAAUUAACCAAAUCACUGUAUUUUUCAGUCAAGUUUGGGUCCCGGACUUGAUAAUCAUAAGUCCCUCUGAUGAUCUUGAAAACCUCGGCGCAAAAUGGAACCGUAUACGUUUCUAUGCCACCGGUUUGGCACAAUGGUUACCGGCUGACCUGAUACAGUCGACUUGCGCGGUUAACAUGAGAAACUAUCCAUUUGAUUCGCAGUCGUGUACGACUUCAUUCACCACACUUGGGUACACAGGGGAUGAAGUCGUGGUUGAAGCGACUUCUCCAAAAAUAAAUAUAAGCACUUUCCAAGAGAACGCAAUGUGGGAUGUCGUCGACACAUCUGCCUUAUCCACAAAAGCCGGAGUGUCGUGGCAAGUUGAUUUCAUCUUCCAUUUAAAGAGGAAGCCAUCAUUUGUGAUCAUCAACGUCAUUUUACCAAUAUUGUCCUUAAGCCUGCUUAACGUCUUGGUUUUCUUACUCCCCAUCGAAUCCGGCGAACGAGUCUCUUACUGUAUUACUGUGCUGCUCUCUAUCGCGGUGUUUAUGACAAUUGUAAGCAAUUUGCUGCCCCAAACUUCUGAGCCGGUCCCGAUUAUUUCAUACAAACUUUUUGCGGAUAUGGCUAUUAGCGCACUGAUCGUUCUGGUGACGAUUUUCACUUUCAGAAUCAAUGGCAAGGAUGACGCCGAAGAAAAAGUUCCAAACUGGCUAAAGAAGAUGUAUCACUUGACAACAUGCUCAUGUUGCAAAAAUCGAAAAAUUAGCGUUGAGCAAAAUACGUCAAGAUUGUGCAUUAAAUCAAAUAAAGAAGAAUGCAUUCCAUGUAAAAAUGAAAAAGGAGUACCGAUUCUGAAAACCGAUUCAGAUUCAGAAAUAUCGCACCAGAAGUUAUCGGACGUUGUGGCCAAAGAACAAGUAACUUGGAAGAAAAUUAAUAAAAUGGUAGAUUGGAUGGCUUUUGUUUUGUUCACUGUUGCUUCUUUUUUUAGUUUUGGCGUUUACAUGGCUAUUGUUACAGUGAGAGCCGGCUGA